AUGGAAAAGGAUGGGUUUUCUAUCGAAUCUGGUGAUUAUGAAGUUAAGGAUUCUCCUUAUGGUCUUUCGAUUCGGUUUUCUGAAAAUGUUAAGAAUAAGAUCUAUAGACCUUGGAAAAGUUCUGUGAUUAUCCAAUUUGUAGGGAAGACUCAUACCUAUAAUUUUGUCCUUGCUCGGUUGAAGCAGCGUUGGAGACUUAAGGGACCAAUGCAAUUGGUUGAUUUAGACAAUGGGUUCUUCAUUGUUCGUUUUGUUCUUGAGGAGGACUUGCUGUAUGUGUUAACUGGGGCUGAGGAGCAUGUCUCCCGUAUUACUGUUUGGGUACGCUUGUCUGGUAUGGGAGUUGAAUUUUUCAAUUCGGAGACUAUAAAGUGUAUUGGGGAUUUGAUUGGCUCAUCGUAUAAGGUGGAUGUUCAUACUGUAGGUCAGAUGAGAGGUAAGUUUGCAAGGGUCUGUGUUGAAAUUGAUUUGAAUAUGCCUCUCGUCCCUUACCUGGUUGUUGAAGGUAGGCCUGUGAGAGUGGAAUAUGAAAAUCUACCUGUGAUUUGUUUCAAUUGCUGCAAAGUUGGGCAUAGUAAAGAGUAUUGUCCUUUUGCUAACCCUGUCCAUAAGGGUGAUAUGGAUAUGACUGGGGAUACUCAAGAUGAGAUGCAUUCUCAUCAAGUGGAGAAGUUACGUAAGAUGCGGCUUGAUGAUAAUCAAAGAGGCCCAAUUGAUCCCACUGGGGAUAAGGCAGGUUUUGGUAUCUGGAAUGUUGUGCCGACUAGAAAAGCUUGGAAGAAGAAUUUUAAAAAUGGGACUGCUGCUAGUAAAGAUAAAGGAAAAGGUGCUAGCCCUGAGAUUGUCCAAAUGAGGCAGGAGAAGGUGUUUGAUUCUAGCAAUGCUUUGCUUCAGAAAGAUAAAAAGGAAGUUGGUCAAAAGGUUAUUUCUGAGGAUGGGAUCUAUGAUGCUUCUGGUUCUAGAUUUAAUAUCUUGGAGAAUGAUUGUUUUGAUAGUGAGCAAGAGCAUGUUUUCGGGACGUUGGAGAAUCUUCUGUCAAUUAAUGGGAAGGCUAUUCAAAGUAAAGAUGAUGGUGGUGGGAAUGAUCUAAUUCCUCCUAAUAAGGGCAAGAAAAAGGUUGGUAGGCCGAGAAAAGUUUUGUCUGAUAUUUCAAAUAAAUCUUCUUCUAGGCCUGCUAUUGUUUUGAGGCCUCGCUCGAAGAAUUCUCCGCAUGAUUCUACUAUAACUUCUAUGUCUGAGCUGGACCAAGCUUUGUGUAAUCUUAGGAGGCCUGUGACUAGCUUUGAUAAUGAAGGUUUGGAAACUGGGGAGGUUGUUGCUCGCAGCAAUGACUUUUCUUCCACUACUAUGACUCGAGCUCCAAAUAUUAUUUCUAGGGUUUCUAGAGAUGAUGAUCAGGAUAUGGAAAUUCAGGACUUGAGGGACUCUGAGAGUGUGCAGCUGGAUUUUAAAGUUGGUAAAGCUCUUAUCGCUGAUGUAUCUGCUUGUUGUGCAGAGGAUGGCAAGGCUCAAGGUUUCUCGGGUGGUAUUUGGCUGCUGUGGGAUGAUGCUAAAUUCAACUUGAGAGUCAUUCACUGUAUGGAUCAAGCUGUUUCUUUAUCUAUUAUUGCUGCUUCUUGGAAUCUUCCUUGGGUUGUCUGUGGGGAUUUUAAUGAUAUCUUGUUUGAGGAUGAAAAACUUGGAAAAUUAUCUGGUAAAAGUAGAGGGUUCAAGGACUGGUUUGAUCAGCAUGGACUUAUCGACUUGGGUUUUUUGGGACCCAAGUUUACUUGGGUUAAUAAGAGAGUUGGUGGUGAUUUUGUGAUGAAGAGAUUGGAUAGGGCUAUUUGUAACAAGGAGUGGAGGGUUUUAUUUCCUGAAGCUUUCAUGAGGCAUCUGCCUAGAAGAUGUGCUGAUCAUAGUCCUCUUUUGAUUAGCCUUAUUUCUGAUAAGAUUCCUUCUUCUGAGCUUAAACCUUUUAGAUUUGAGGCAAUGUGGCUUAAACAUUGCUUAUUUCCUAAGUUCAUCAAAGCGGAGUGGAAGAAUUUGGAAGGUUCAGUUUCUAAUAAAUUGGAUAAUUUGAUUCCCCUACUUCGGGAGUGGAAUACUCAAGUCUUUGGUCAAAUUUUUCAAAAGAAAAAGAGAAUUCUUGCUAGGCUUCAAGGUAUUCAAAGGUCUCUUUGUAAGGGUUUUUCCCCUUUUUUGAGCAAUCUUGAGAAGCAUCUGCAGCAGGAGUUUGAGGAUUUAUUGGAUCAGGAGGAUGUGUUUUGGAAACAAAAAUCUCGAGUUUCGUGGCUGCAGGGUGGGGAUGGAAAUACCAAGUUCUUUCACAUUACGACCCUUGUCAGAAGGAGAAGGAAUAGGAUUGAAAGGCUUAAAGAUAUUAAUGGGGAUUGGAUCUCUAGUAAAGAAGGUUUGAAAACGCUUGCUAUUGAGUAUUUUCAUGGGCUUUUUUUGGAUGAUGUUGUUGAUAUCAUUCGUAGUCCUUUGCCUUCUCUUUUUCCUCAUAUUCCUGAGGCUGAUUUGGCUGCUGUCAGUAAGGAGGUGACUGAAAAGGAGGUGCAGGAUGCUCUCUUUGCUAUUGGUCCCUACAAGGCCCCUGGUUCCGAUGGAUAUUCUGCUAUCUUUUUCCAUAAUUGUUGGUCUCUUUGUAGGAAAGACAUUGAAGUUUUGGUGUUUAAGUGUUUCUCUAGUGGUUCCGUUCCAGAGUAUCUGAACAGUACUCUUGUUACUUUGGUUCCUAAAAUCACUAAUCCUCAGAGUAUGCUGCAGUUCCGGCCAAUUAGUCUUUGUAACACUUUAUACAAAGUUGUUUCUAAGAUCAUUGUUGGAAGGGUCAGACCUCUUAUGUGUAAGCUUGUUAGCCCUAAUCAAGUUAGCUUUGUUCCUGGAAGGCAAAUUUCAGAUAAUAUUUUCAUUGCCCAAGAGGUUUUGCAUAGAUUCUAUAGAGCAAGAGGUAAAACCGGGUAUAUAGCUUGGAAAAUUGACCUCUCUAAGGCUUAUGGUAGAAUGAAAUGGUCUUUUAUUGAGCAAACGCUUGAAGAAAUUGGUAUUGGGGAAACUUCUCUUCAACUUAUUAUGAGUUGUGUCAAGAAUGUCUCCUACAAAGUAAUCAUGAAUGGGGAGCUUACUGAGAGUUUCAAACCUCAAAGAGGUGUUAGACAGGGUGACCCUCUUUCCCCUUACCUUUUUGUUUUAUGUAUGGAAAAGCUUAGUCACAUCAUUGCUGCUAGGGUGUUAAAGAAGGAGUGGAAAGCUGUUAGGGCAGCGAGGUCUGGUCCUUUAAUCUCGCAUCUAUUCUUUGCAGAUGACUUGAUUCUUUUUGGUGAGGCUUCUAUUCAGCAAGCUAUGGUUAUGAAAAAUUCUCUUGAGGAGUUUUGUGAGCUCUCUGGGCAGCAAGUGAACUUUGAGAAAUCUUUGUUGUACAUAUCUGCUAAUACUAAGCCUGAUCUUGUUGAUCAAAUUGAGCAAACUUGUGGUGUCACCAGAUCCACUGAUAUGGGGAAUUAUCUAGGAGUUCCCCUUGUCCAAGGGAGGGUUACCAAGGCUACGUAUAAGGGGGUUCUAAUUAAAGUUCAGGCUAAACUUUCUGCUUGGAAAAGUCAGUUGCUUUCUAUGGCUGGUAGAAUCACUUUAAUCCAGUCUGUUGUUUCUUCUAUUCCACUUUAUACUAUGCAGACGGCUAAGCUUCCUCAAGCUCUUUGUGAAGAUCUUGACAAGUCUUCUAAAAGUUUUCUUUGGGGAAGUAGUGAGAACCAUCAUAAAACUCAUUUAGUUAAAUGGGAUACAGUUUGUUUGCCUAAACGUUUAGGAGGUUUGGGUAUUAAAAAAGCUGCUCUUAUGAAUCAAGCUAUGCUAUCUAAAGCUAGUUGGAGAAUUGUGGCUGGGGACUCAGGUCUUUGGGCUGCGAUGCUCAGGAAAAACUCUUGGAAAGGGUUAAUCUAUGGAGCUGCCAUCUUGAAUAAUGGGCUGAAGUGGAGAGUGGGAGAUGGCACUAGAGUCAAAUUCUGGACUGAUACAUGGAUUGGUGAUGUUCCGUUGAUAGAUACUAAGUUUCCCUUAUCUGAUCAGUUGGACAAAUCUGAAACUGUGUCUAAUUAUUUUUCUAGGACUGGUUGGAAUAUUAAUAAGCUCCUGCAGGUUCUUCUUCCUGAAGCCGUUAUGCAGAUUGUUAGUAUUCAUGUUGAUAUUGAAGGGAAUUUACCCGAUACUUGUAUUUGGGGUCCCACUUCAAAUGGAGUUUUUUCUGUCAAGACUGCUUAUGAGUUAUCUGCUAGGUUUAAUGAUGUCCCUAGUUCUCCUUGGAAUUUCAUUUGGAAUUUGAAGAUCCCUCCUCGUGUUAAAAUGUUCACUUGGCUUCUCACUCAAAAAAAGAUCUUAACUAAUGUGCAGAGAGUUAGAAGGCAUCUUUCUAGAGACCCUUCCUGUCCUCUCUGUCAUUAUCAUGAGGAGUCUUUGCAGCAUCUCUUUAUUUCCUGUCCUCGUGUUAUUGCGCUUUGGAGAUCCUUCUAUUUACCUGAAGGAUUGCUCAAUUUCUUUUCCUCUGAUUUUGAUAGUUGGUUGAAGGAAAAUUUGUGUUGUAAUGCUGGGCACUUAAGGAAUUUGAAGUGGUGUAGUGUUUUUGCUGUUGCUUGCUGGUUCAUUUGGAAAUGGAGGUGUUGUUCUAUCUUUGAGCCUCAGUUCCAAAUGCCUUGUCGUCCUAAGCAGAGGAUUGUUGAGUAUCUUCUGGAAUGGGAUAAGGCUAAUAAUCUUUUAAAGAAGGCUACCUCUCAAACUCAGAUGUUCCUUGCUUGGCAGCCUCCUCCUUGUGGCUUCUCUAAGCUUAAUAUUGAUGGUUCUAGAGUGAGUGCCUCUGGGUGCAUUGCUGCAGGAGGUAUAAUUAGGAAUUCUGAGGGUAGCUGGAUAGCAGGUUUUUCUGCUAAUCUUGGUCAUGGUGAAGUCUUGGUGGCUGAAGCUUGGGCUUUAUAUUAUGGUCUUAAUCUUGCUUGGCAGAUGGGUUUGCGCCAGAUAACUGUUAAUUCUGAUUCUGCCCUUGUUGUUGAUACGAUUAAUGGAGAUUGGGUGGACUCUCAUCCUAUGUCUGUGUUGCUUACCAAGUGCAGAGAGCUUUUGAAAAGCCAGUGGAAUUGCAGAAUUCUUCAUGUCUAUAGGGAGACCAAUUUUGCUGCUGAUUUUCUAGCUAAGAUGGGUCAUCAUAGGGAGUUGGGUUACCAUGAGCUCUCUUCUCCCCCUGACCAAUUUUAG